UAAAUAUAUACAUCAUUAAAGAUAUAGAAAGAAUCGUUACUUCCCUUCCUUUGUUAAAUAUACCAUUAAAGAAGAGCCAUUCUGCUGCUCAUUUCCAUUGUGUUUGCGUGAGAGAGAGAUGGAGAUGAUGAGAGGCUCACAGUCAGGGACGGAAAGAGCAAUUUCGUCCGCUCAGGGAGGCGGCGGUGGCAGUGGAAGCAAUGGCAUGGCGGCUAUUAACGUCGACGCCUCCUCGACCCCUACCGGCUCAGUUGUCUCCAUCAAUGACCAUGAUAAACACUUCGAUAAGGACACGGACCAUCAGAAACCGGGAUGGAGGAAAUUCCUAUCAUUCGUGGGGCCGGGUUUCUUGGUCUCCCUGGCCUAUCUUGACCCUGGCAACUUGGAGACUGAUUUACAAGCUGGAGCUAAUCAUCGAUAUGAGCUGCUGUGGGUGAUAUUGAUCGGGUUGAUAUUUGCUCUAAUUAUCCAAUCACUGGCUGCAAAUCUCGGCGUAAGCACUGGGAAGCACCUAUCGGAGUUAUGCAAGGCAGAGUACCCGAAAUUUGUGAAGUAUUGCCUGUGGCUGCUUGCAGAAGUUGCAGUCAUUGCUGCAGAUAUUCCUGAAGUGAUCGGGACAGCAUUUGCAUUGAACAUAUUGUUUAACAUUCCGGUGUGGACCGGAGUUCUUAUAACCGGUUUCAGCACGCUCUUGCUUCUCGGACUCCAAAGAUACGGAGUGAGGAAGCUAGAGCUGUUAAUAGCAGUGCUGGUGUUUAUCAUGGCUGCUUGUUUCUUUGGGGAGAUGAGCUACGUGAAGCCGCCCGCCUCCGACGUCUUGAAGGGCAUGUUCAUACCUAAGCUCAAUGGCCAGGACACCACCGGCGACGCCAUCGCCCUUCUCGGUGCACUCGUUAUGCCGCAUAACCUGUUUCUUCACUCGGCUCUGGUGCUGUCCAGGAAAGUACCGAAAUCCGUCCGAGGCAUCAAUGAUGCGUGCCGGUUCUUUUUUAUAGAGAGCGGGUUUGCACUGCUGGUGGCAUUUUUAAUAAAUGUGGCAGUGAUCUCAGUAUCAGGCACAGUCUGCUCGGUCAAAAAUUUGUUGAGUGAGGAUGAGAGUCGCUGUAGCGAUCUCACCCUCAAUUCGGCCUCUUUCCUCCUUCAGAACGUGCUGGGACGAUCAAGCUCGACUAUAUAUGCGAUCGCACUACUAGCAUCAGGGCAGAGUUCGACCAUCACAGGCACCUACGCUGGACAAUACAUAAUGCAGGGGUUUUUGGACCUGAAGAUGAAGAAAUGGAUCCGGAACUUAAUGACUCGGAUGAUCGCAAUAACGCCUAGCCUUAUAGUCUCCAUCAUUGGCGGAUCUUCGGGUGCUGGGAGGCUCAUCAUCAUUGCAUCGAUGAUUCUGUCUUUCGAGCUCCCAUUUGCUCUUAUCCCGCUCCUUAAAUUUAGCAGCAGCAAGACAAAGAUGGGCCCCCACGUCAACUCCAUAUUUAUCAUCGUGUUCUCGUGGAUCCUAGGGCUGGCAAUAAUCGGAAUCAACAUCUACUACCUCAGCACGGGGUUUGUGCACUGGCUCAUCCACAACAGCUUACCCAAGGUCGCCAACAUCUUCGUGGGCAUCAUCGUGUUCCCCAUCAUGGCAGUUUACAUCAUCUCGGUCAUUUACCUGACAUUCCGUCGCGACAGGGUGGUCACGUUCACUGAGCCGGUGAAUCAAGACCCAGCCGUCCAGGCCCAGAUGGAAGAUGGUGUUGGCGUCGUGGGCUCGGACAGAGUCCAUUACCGGGAGGAUUUGGCCGAUAUUCCAUUACCGCAAUAGGAAGAGCACUGCUGUCAAGGGUUAGAAGUGACGAAAAGGGUCAAAGUGUAAGAAAAGAAACGUGAGGGGCCAAAAUAGAAAUAAAUAUAAAAAUAGGGGUACAUUUCAUAAAGUCUGGCACAAUUAGUUUUUUUUUGAUAAAUAAGAUAAGAGUUGUAUUAAUUCAUAAAAGGUACAUUGAACUUUGGAUAACCCUCAAACAUACAAAAGGAAGGAAAAUUUGACUUAUUGCCAAGCUGGCUUAAGUCAUGAGCUUGAGAGUUAUCAGAUCGUGGAAUCCAAGUACAUUUCCAGUCCCAGAAAAGAGCUAAUAAUCUAACGAUGUCGGAGACUAAAGGUUUGAUUUCCCAAGGGGAGCGAUGCGGAGAAAUAAUAGCUUCAAUUAGCAGCAGGGCAUCCGACCUAAUCCAGAUCUUCUGCCAUCCUUGGUCAAGCGCCACGGAGAUUGCGAGCAAGACUGCUCGGGCUUCAGCUUGCAGGGGAGAGGCCGUUUCUGCUUUAGAAAUCCAUGAGUGUGAUGUGAGCCUGUUUGGUUGGCUUCUAGUUCCUGCAAGGGUGGCGUUUUCUGAGGACCAUGUGGCAUCAGUGUGUAUGAAGCUCCACUCUGCGGAGAGACUGCCUGCUUCCUCUUCUUGCUGGUCAGAU